CUAGGCAAACGCCUUGUUUGCCUCGUGGCAAAUACGCCCCUGGGGCGGACUGACCAUUUGCAAACUCGGGCACUGCCCGAGGGCCCGGGGUCAGUAGGGGGCCCCAUGAGAUGCCCCUGGUACCUUUUUCAUAGGCUUUUUUGAGUUUGGGCAAGGACACAGGGGCCCCAUGAUCCCCUAUUGCCCAGGGGCCCCAUGAGUUGUCAGUCCGCCCCUGCUUUCCGCCCCUGUACAUUGGUUACAUCUG